GGAGCAGCCUAGGCCAGUGGGGGCUUCUGAGCAGCCUUUGAGGCACUAGCAUUGAGCUUCUUUGAGGACACCUGCUCUGUCUGUGGGCAGGUGGACAAAAUGUUUAAAAUAGGAGAAAAGCAAGGGUCAGGACCCAAAGGGAUCUCACUCUCUGUUUCUCUGGACUCUCUGUGGGGUGCCUGUGUGCAGGAUUUCUGCAGAAGAUAGUCCAUUUUGUUAAGCCUUUGAAUAUUCAAAUUGAAAGUAUCGCGCAAUCAUUGAUUGUCAAAUCAUGGGUUUCUAGAGGUUUUAAAUACUUGGCAUGAGGGGGAAAAAACUCAAACCUAUACCCGAAGGAGCCUUCCUAGGUGCUAAGUCUCUGAAACUGCAGCAUCCAGUCUCCGGCCCAGCUCCUGCUGACCAGGAUGUCGGAAAAACCUAAGGUGUAUCAAGGCGUCCGUGUGAAGAUGACAGUGAAAGAGCUUCUCCAGCAAAGAAGGGCACACCAGGCCGCCUCAGGGACAACUCUGUCAGGAAGCAGCAGUCUCCACCUCCCAGACACCACCAUGCCAUCGUCUGCAGGACUGUAUUUUGAGCCUGAAACAACGUCUUCCACACCCAGUUAUUUUCAAGCCCGAGAAUUUUCCACCUGUGUCUCUUGUGAAGAAAGUCCUAGCUGCCUCGACCAGAUCUUCGAGUCCUACCUUCAGACAAACACAUUCCCAGAGCUCAACUCUGCACACAUCGCCCCCCACUAUUUCCCAGAGAGCUGUCAAGUGGCCCCUUUCUGCCAUGACCAGAGCCUGAUUCCAGGAUCGCCUUCGGAUUCCUCCAGUCUCUCUGGCUCCUUUGACUGCAGUUACUCGCCAGCUCAACUGCCUUCCUACACUCCAGAAGGCUACACCUCUCCUCCUCUGGAUUCCCUACACUCCAGUCUCCCAGAAGAAGGCUACUUCUGCCAGCAUUGGCCUUCUCACCCCCAGUACAACCACGCCUCCCCAGGCACCCCCUCCUCCUCCGUCUGCUACUAUGCAUCCUGUGAGGCAGAGCAUUUGGAUGCCCUCAGAACCACAGAGUUCUUCUCUUACUCUGGCAUGGACUGUAUAGACUUUGCCCCUCCGGCAGCCACCACUAGUGAUUUCUAUAAGAGGGAGACAAGCUGUGACGCCUGCUAUAGUUAGUAGAAACCACACUGGAAUGUGUCAUGGGUGUAUCUCUUUCUCUACUGCAUCUAGGUGACACUUCAACCAUUCAACCCUUUCACAAACUACCCCACAUAUGGUUUACAUUUCACCAUUUUCAACCACCUGAUAGGUAGCAUAGGAAUCGACACAGUGCCCUCAAACCUGGUCCUGUGACAGUCUUAUUUUAUACACUCACUGUUAAAUUUUUUUUUUUUUUUUGGUAUGGAUUUUUCCAGAGCCUUCCUUCUCAGUAUAACGAACAAACUCUUUUGUAAACUAAUAAAUAACUUUGUAUAAUA